AUGCCAUAUUUUCGAGGCAAUGUUUCCUUAUCAGAAUUAUCUUUGCCUUCAAAACAAGAAUCUAACUUAACUAAUGAUUUGCCAAAAUUAUUUUCAAAUCUUCGUCAAAGUAUUUUAAAGAAAUUUCAAGAUAAAGAUGAAAUUGAUUUUAAUAUUUCUCAUAAUAUUGAAAUUAUUAAUGAUAAAAUUCAAGAAAUUACACAAUCUACUCCACUAACAGAAAUAUUCGACAUAACACAAAAAGCAUUAAAUAUUUUUAUUAAUGAUUUACUUUCAAUAAAAGAAUGUCCGAAAAUUCUUUCCAAUGAUUCAUUUAGAAAAAUAUUUGAUUCAUUAAUUUCUUAUGAAAAAAAUUUUUCAUUACAAUCUAUUUAUGAAUAUAAUCCUCUUUAUGCUCGUAAAAUAUUAUAUAGUUCAUUUGAUUUAUUAUCAUCAUCAACUAUAAUUGAUUUUCUUAAUGAUAAUUAUCCUGAUGAACUUUUUUCAAAUAUGGCAUAUAUUUUAUCGAGAAUUAUUUUUCAUAUGACAUUAUCUAUUAAUUAUAUUAUAUUUAAUAAAGAUGAUUUACAAAAUCAAGUAUCAAAUCUUCGAUUACUUCUUGAAUAUGUUGAUAAAAAUAAACAAAAUAAAAAUCAAAUUCUAAUAUUUGAAUUAUUACAAUCUAUUUUAAUUUUUUUUGCUAAUUUAUCUGAUAAAUUAAUAUUAAUUCCAACUUUAAUUGAAGCAAAAUGUUCAGAUUAUAUUUUAAAAUGGUGUACAAUGAAAGAUAUAUCUAUUGAUAUUCAACAUAACUGUAUACAUAUAUUUUAUAAUCUAGCACGACAUGAACAAGGUGCUGAAAUAUUAAAUAAUGCUAAUGGUAUAAAUAUUCUUAAAGAAUGUCAACAACGAAUACUUAAAUCAAUUAAUAGUUCAGAACAUAUAGAAUUACGUUUAUUGUAUUCUAUGACUGUAUCAUUAUUAACUGAACCGAAAGAAAAUCAAGAAGAUGUAAAUAAUCUUCGUGAAAUUCUUGAUCAACUUAUGCAAUUAGUUAUUGAUGGUGAACAAUCAAUAGAUUAUAGAUGUCAAGGUUUUCAUAUUAGUGAACCAAUUGUUGUUUUAACUAAACUUUUUGUACAUGAUAAAAUAUUAAAAUAUGUUUUAAAUGAAUCAUCUAUUAAAAAUAUGACUACAAAAUCUCGACUAAAUGUUUUUUGCGAAUUGUUAAUGAAAUUUCGUGGAGCAUUAGCAAGUAAAAAUGAUCUUGAUCAAUUAAUGUUAACCGCUCUAUUUAAUAUUAUAUGGAGUAUAUCAUUUCAUAAUGAAUAUAUUAAAGAAUUAAAAUCAAAUUCAAAAUUUUUAAUUACUGUUAAAAGUUUAGCAAAUGAUGAUGGAAAAGAUUGGAUUGAUAAAUAUGUUCCUAAACAUAUGUCAUCAAUACCAAAAGCAGCUAAUGGAAUUUUAUGGAAUCUUGAUGAAAAUAAUCCAGCUCGAACAACAAUUGUAUUAGAAACAAAGAAGCAACUUCAAGAUGAUGUUAAUAAAACCAAUCGAAUGCGUGUUAUGAUAAGUUAUUCACAUACUGAUAAAGACUUUUGUCAUCAACUUGUUGCUGCACUUCAAAAAGAUUUUGAAUAUUGUCAUACGGAAGAUCUAUGGGAAGAAAUAGGUCAAGCUAUUGAAGCAGCAAAUGUUAUUCUAUUUUUAAUGUCAACAGAUUAUCAAAAAAGUAAUUCAUGUCGACAAGAAGUAAUGUAUGCAAAAGAUUCAUUAAAAAAACGUUUUAUACCAAUAUAUAUCAAAAAAGACUUUGUAGCAACGGGUUGGUUAGGUGUACGUAUUGUUGGUCCACAAUAUAUUCGUUUUGAAAAAAAAUCAUUUGAUGAUACGAUUAAAGAUCUUAUUAAACUUAUUGUUGAAGAUAAAAAACUGCAAGAACCUGCUAAAAUACAAGUAACUGAACCUUCAACUAAUCUUCCUUCAUUCGUUGAAGAUAAACCAAUUGAAAAUACAAAUAAUCAGAUAAAACCUAUUAAACAUAUUGAUAUUAAACUUAAUCGAAAACCUUCCAAGAAAUCCGUAGAAUUAUGGACCAAACAAGAUAUUUUACAAUGGUUUUAUGAGAAUAAUAUUCAACAAGAAUUAACUGAUUUAUAUGAUUUUCAACAUGGUGUAGAUCUUCUUCUUUACGGACAAUGUCUUCGACCUGAUUGGCAAAUUGAAUAUAAUGCUGUAAGCGAACGAUAUGAACAACAAUACAAUACAAAAUUAUAUCGUGAUCAAUUUGUCCGUUUUGUUGGUGCUAUUCAUCGAUUACAACCAACAAAUUCCAAAUUAUGUAUUAUCUCCUAG